GACGUCUUUCGUUUCGAAUAUUUACGACAUUACACGUCCGCCGAACUUUUCGGCACCUUAACUGUCACACAUUUUCGCGAACAGACAGAAAGAUGAGAUUUCAGUGGUUUUAAGCAUUUUUACACUAACUUUAUUGAAAAUAUGUCACCACGAUUUCAUAAAAACAACAUAUUUACAUUUUCUUUCAUUGUAAUUACUCUUUUUGGGUCAGUUACAUGUAAAACUAUAAGGGGAGUCGUGACAAGUUUGACAGCCCGGCAAGAAAAAGGACAAUACUUGUCGUCCUUCUGUUUUCAUGGUGAAGCUGUAAUCCAGUAUUCCUUGAAUGCCUCUAUGUCAUCUGGAAAACUUUAUUUAUUUCUUAGUCAAGAUUGGAAACAAAUUACAGACCAAACAGACUGUACAGCUAAACUAGAACUUGCUAGAGCUUCAUAUGACAUAACAGGGCCUGUUGGAAACAGAACAGUAGCACACCAUCACGAACCUAGAAUUUGGCAUGUCGUGUUUGCUGAUGCUCAUACCUGCGCAAGUUAUGACAUGUCGGAGGUCCUGGCACAGAACUUCAUUGAUUAUGACAUACAACUACUUAACCCAGAUGCUCUAGGAAAUCCAGUUGAACAUUUUAGUGAUGAAGAAACAGGCUUGUUGAGAUUUUACCAGUUACUGGCCUUGGCAUAUUUUGUUUUGGGUUGUAUAUGUGUCCCUCGUUUAGUUGAACCGUUCAGUAGUGGCGGACCUAUGCAGCUUGUCAUACAGUUACUCACAGCUAGUACAUGUUUACAGGCGGUCGGUGCUUUUAUUAUGAUGAUGCAUUUAAGAAAAUAUUCCAGAGAUGGAAUUGGUUCACCAAUGUUUGAAAUGCUGUCAGAAUUUUUUGAUGUGCUGUCUCAAUUUGCCAUGUUGUAUAUGUUGUUAAGUUUAAGUCUGGGCUGGACCCUCGGUACAACGUACAGAAAUACUCAUCUACAGAUGAUCAGUAAAAGACCUGCCGCAAAAGUUGUAGGUGUUCUCGCUGUAGUACAGGGAGUUUUGUUUCUAUGGGAACAGUAUCAAGACCAGACUCACAGGUUAUAUCACGCUCACAGAACAUACGCAGGGUUUGCUUUACUAGUGCUGCGUAUGGUUCUCGCUGGACUGUUUGGUUGGAACCUGUGGGUUACUGUAUCAGUGGAAAAAAGUAUUAUGAAAAGAGAGUUCUAUAUAUCAUUUACAAAGAGUUGUAUGCUGUGGUUUCUAUGUUAUCCUGUGAUAGUUGUUGUCUCCUUGUUAUUUACAGAAUAUCUUAGAUAUAAGAUAAUCACCAUGUGUGUAGUGUUGUGCCAGUCGGUAGCUGUAGUGUUGUUAUAUAAACUGUUUCUAUCUCGUAGUUUAUACUGGGAAGUGUCGGCGUUGUCCGGAACUUUACCUCUCAGAAUGGACAGAACACUUAGUCUAAAAAUAUACUCCUGAUAGUGCUUUAUUACAUAGUCUUAAUUGAUAUUUAAUUGAUACAAGCUGAGCUGAAUCUGAUUGGAUGUUUGAUUAGGUGAAAGUAUGGUUGAAUGAUGGACCACUGUGCAUGAAAUAUUCUGAUAAUUGUAUUAAUUUAAAAUUAGUUCUGUUGUGAAUAUAGUACAGCCUUUUCAGAGUGGCCGUCUGUAGAGCUAAAACCUCUUUACAAUUAUAGUUUCAGUUCUUCACAAAAUAAGACUUCACAAUAAAUCUAGCACUCAAGAGUGUGACUUUUCAGAGGUUGUACUGAAUAUUGAUUGGCACUCUUAACAUUGGUUGAAAUUGACAGCUGUCUUAUAAAGGGGGUAGGGUAGCUAACUUCUUUGCAGAGUAUGAUUUCUGCCCAUUGUCAUCAUCGUUAGCGCACAUAUCCUGUUGACCACUGGUUCUUGGAGUAAUGUCAUAGCCAUCAUUGUUAAUUUGCGGCUCAAUAGUCGCCCAGUCCGUCAGCAAGCAUUUUCUUUAAGGUGUCCUUACACCAGCAGUGCAUUGCAUUUAAAAGUUUGCUGCAAUCUGGAAUUCACUUUCUAAGCCGACUUUUACUCGGAAUAGACUGAAUUCAGGCUCUGUGCUAGAUGCCCUAUGUUCUUAGACAGACUUUUCACUCGUUUCAGGACAAUAUGGACUUGUUCUUUCACAAAAUUCUCUGUCUUUUCAGCAGUUUUGACAAUAAAAUCUGUAUCGUCAAUUUCUUCGAUAUUACUCAUUCCAAAAAUGUAAAAUUAAAAGAAAUUAUAUGUAUUGUAAAUGGCAAAUCUUGUGACUUCUAUUUGUAAUAAUUUUUUAAAUAUUCAAUAUUUAAAGAACAGUUGACCUAUAGCUCGUCCGACCCGGUUGUUUCUGCACCUUAGAACAAAUUUUCAAACGUUCUUAAAAUAUUAUUCUUUGAAAAUAAUAAUCUGUGUUUUUUUUUAAAGAAUCUUAUUCAAGAUAUAUGUGUACCAGUAAUAUACAAUAGAACUGGAAAACAGAGUUAUAUGGUAUAUCAAAAUGGAAUGUAGAGUAGGUGGGACCAAAUCUGUUUUACACAUUCUUAUAUGCAUGAAUCCUUUACUCUAAAACAAGUGGUUUAAAGUCAUCAACUAUAAGUCACAUGUCCUUCAUUGCUGUGGGUUCAUAUACCGUCAGGGGUUUGGGAUUUUCAUAUGAAGAAGCUAUCCAGCUAGUUUACGUAACGUCGGUGGUUCUACUCUGGUGCUGCUCCCUUGCCUGAAAUAAUGCACAGAGGGGGCACCUGAUGUCUCCUUCUACCAAUAAAGCUGGAAAGUCACCAUAUGACCUUUACAGUGUUGGUGUGAGUAAAUAUAAAUUAUCAACAAAACAAUGUACUUGUACAGUUUAAAAGUAAAAAAACCCAAACAAAUUAAUCCAAUUUUUUUGAUUUUGUUUCAAUCUUAUUUAUUGAUGAGUUAGGUAAAUAUCUUAAUUCUAUUAAAUAGAAUUUGUUUUUCUUGUUUUAUGAAAUGGUGCUGUUAUUUUUGUAAACAAAUUCAUUAUAUAUUUGGGAGAUGGGUUAAUUCUUUAUUAAAGUUUAGUAGUUAAAACGAUAUUUUUGUCUAUUUUUAUCCAAAUUCUUUGAUACAUUUAAUUUAAGUUAUUUGGCACAGACUUGUUAUUGAAUCCUGGUAAAUCUGCUGCUCAUUCUCACAUUGUGUAAAAGAUUCAAAACAUUUACUUAAGCCACUUAAAAUAGGUUACUGUUUAUUAAAGGCCCAUUAUGCCUUAGAAAUGAAUAAUUUUUCCUUCUAUAAAAAGGGCAAAAAUGUGUUCUAUAACAUUUUAACAUGGGUUAAGAGAAACAUUUAACAUGCUUUAAAGCAGUAUGCCUCCAGAUAAGCCAAAAUAUUUCAAUUAAAUGAAACUUGAGAAAAAUGUACAAAGAUUAAAGGAAAUGAAGAAAGAUAAAGGAUUCAAGUAAAAA